AUGAAAAAAUUUGAAUAGUAUAUUCAGAUUUAUGGAUUAAUGAUAAUUGCUUUUUCCUACGUUUCUGUCCUCAAUACAAAUAAAUAUGACAGCAAUCUAGUUAGCUUAAAAGAAACUGGAGCUAGCGUAGUACACAUCUUACCUAAGUAUUACGCUACUGCAAAUCAAGGAAAAUCUGAAAAAGAUCUUGAUUAUAAAUAAUUGAGAAUCAAUUUUGGGAAUUAUAGCGAUUACGAAUUCUAGACUUAUAUAGGCAAAGGAGCUUCAGGACAUGCUUAUUUAGGAUUAUAAAAAUCAACAAAGAAUAAGGUUGUGAUCAAGACUUUCAAGAGUCUGAAAUGGAACAGCAUUAAAAGAGAAAUUGUGUUUAUGCAAACAGUAUAAGGUCAUGACUUAAUUUCUCCAUUAGUAGAUGUUAUAAGAAACAAUAAUUCUGUAUCAUUAGUAUAUAAUAGAUAUAUAGUCUUUCCAACAUCUUAAUUGAUAAAGACAAUGACUGAUAAUGGUAACAAGUUGUUUCUUUAUCAAACCCUAAAAGCAUUAGAUUACGUUCAUUCCAAAGGUGUAAUUCAUGGAGAUAUUAAGCCAGCCAACAUUAUCGCAAAUCCAAAGACUAAACUAUAUAAAUUAAUAGAUUGGGGAUUGAGUAUGUAUUAUGUACCAGGUAGACCAAAAAACCCUUCAGUUGGAACUAAAUCUUAUCAAUCUCCAGAAAUAUUGUUGAGAUACCAGUAUUAUGAUUAUUAAAUAGAUGUCUAUGCAGUGGGAUUCAUGUUUGCUUAGAUGAUCUUUAAAGAGAGCAACCCAUUUAAAGGGACCAAAAAAUUGGGGAAGGAGAAAGUCUAAUAUAUGCAUCGUAUAGCGAGAGUGUUUGGCACGGAAGGAUUGAAAGAGGUUGCUUAGAAGAUCAAUGUAAAUUUUGAUUUUAGUGAUUUUCCAAACUAUGAACCUGUCAAUUUGAAUAAAUUCGUUAAUGCUAACAAUUCAUAGUAUUGUUAAUCUGAUGCAUUGGAUCUAUUGUAGAAAUUGAUGUAGUAUGAUGCUAAAAAAAGGAUCACUCCAAAGGAUGCUUUAAAGCACCAAUAUUUUGAUUCCAUUAGACAUUAAUUUGAAUGAAGUGUUACAAAGUAUACAUUAAUAUUUAUAACUGUUU